UAACUACCAUUAGUUAAUGAGUUUUGUCAAAAAACGGAUUUCCCGGUGAAUAUUAUCAAAGACUGAGCUUUUUCACAACAGUCGUUAGGUAAUGCCGAUAAUUUAGAAAUAAUUGAAUAUAUUGGUUUGAUUUAUUUCAAUUUGAAACGAGGAAAGUAAAUUAGCUAAAUAAGAUUGUGAACAAAAUUUUAACAUAAAUUAGUCUGAUUCACUUUUUGUAUAAUAGUUACUUUUCAUGAGCUUUUUUCUUGCGGUUAUUCAAAAACAGUUGUCAUUAAACAAAGCUCACCUCACAGUUGGUUCUUCAUCCUUGUUUUCAUUUUUUGUUCCUUAUUUUUCUCUUCUUAAUUUUAUUUUGUUUUCCUUGUUUUAAUUGUUAACCUGUUUCCAGCUUUAAUUCAAUGACAAUUGUAUCAUCUUGUUAACUGUUGAAUUAAAAUUAAUAUAAAUAUGGAUAGAAUAAAAGAAAAAGUGAAAGACAUUGAUAUUACUUUAAGCUAUCAAUUGUUUAAGAGUUACCCAAAAGGUGUUAAGUACCGACGUAUCUUGUCAACUCUGGAAUGGUCCUGUCAUGGUAUACCUUGGUUUGCUGGUGUAAUCAUUGCGAUUUACCUUUGGCCAUCAAGUGAAUUGUUGGCACAGUUAUUGGCUGGUUUAUUACUAGAUGUAAUCACUGUUGCUAUCGUCAAAGCUUUAGCUAGAAGACGACGGCCUACAUAUGCUAAUCAAGAGGAUCAAUUUAUUGUUGCUUCAAUAGACAAACAUUCUAUGCCUUCAGGUCAUGCAUCUAGAGCUGUCUAUAUUGCCCUGUUACUUAAUAAUGGUUCCUUUUGGUCACAAUUAACUUGGAUUUGGGCCAUUUCUGUUGGUUUGUCAAGAAUCUUUUUGGGAAGACAUCAUAUUUUGGAUGUUACAGCUGGUUUCUUAUUUGCCUUUUUCAAUUACUCAUUACAGUUUAGCUUUGGUGGAUUCCUCAACAAAAUCAUUGUCUGGAUUCUUCUCCAUCAAUUCAGCAAUACCAAUGAUUUGGCAGAUACAGAGAAUAUCAAUGUUGGAAAUAUUGUAGAUGAUGAUUAAUUAAUUCUGUUCAAUAAAUGAUUAAUCAAACAAGUUUAAA